CUACAUUAGCGCAUUCGACAAGGUUGUUCGAAGAACGAGUUGUUGUGGUUUGUGGAUUUCCCUGUUGCGUUCCUAAUCCUAAUCGUAUUAGUCGUUAUAUACAUUAAAAUUUAGAACGUGCCGAUGUGAAGAAUACAAAUUCAACAGACAAAAAUCCCAACAAUAAAAAUAUGGCAGACCAAGACGUGGACAAGCACAACAAAACAUCAAAUUUAUCCGAAAAAGUGGUUGCUGAAGUUGAUAAUAAGUCAUUUUACAACAAAUACUUUCCAACCGACCGAAAGACCUACAAUUUAAGGAUUCCUUUUGUGGGCUUGAUAUUGUCGGUUUGUACAGUGUACUUAUUGACUAUAUGCAUCUUCAAUCGUGAGGAAAUUUAUCUUCCACAAUGUCUCCUUAUAUUCAUCGCCGCGGCGUUAGGAUUUGAACUCUACUAUGGAUUGAAAAUUAGAGACAGACAACAAUUCACUCCAUGGAUCAUUUUCAAAGUUAUAGAACUUCUUUUCACGUUUGUAGCAAUUGUUGGGUUAGUAUUAAACUGGCGCUGGAACGUAACCCUGUUAUCAUGUGCUUUGAUUUUAUUUGCACUAAAUGGCUGGAUUACUUGCACCGUAAUAAAUACAUCUUUAAAAAUGUCACCUGGAUGUAAAAACAAAUCACAUGUUCCUGAUGACGAUAGUGUUGACAAGACUUACAAUGUUGUUUAACGAAGAUUUUAUGUACCUACUUCAAGUAUCUACUUUAAAAUGUAAUUACUAGUGCACUUUUUUAUUAACAUGAACAUUAAAUAUAUCUGUGUUAAAAUUUUGUAUUUUGUGUACUUUAUAUGUUGUAACUAUUGUAUUAUAAUACAUUUUAUAGUUAUUUA